AUGGCUAUCACAAUAUCAGAGGCCUAUAAAUCAUUAGAAUUGGGAGCAUCUUCGAGCCAUGCCUCUGAGACUCCACAAGCUCUGCUCAAUCUGUCUUCAAUCUGGGAGAGAUCCAUUUUGAAGAAUGAGAAGUUAUUGCUCUCAACCAGAAAGAGUGAUCCUGUUACCAUCUUUCAUGGGUCCAAAGCACCAAACUUGAGUGUUACACAGUACAUGGAACGCAUUUUCAAGUACUCUAAUUGCAGCCCAUCUUGCUUUGUGAUUGCACAGAUAUACAUGGAAAGGUUUCUUCAGAAAAAGGGUGGUUACCUCACUUCUUUCAAUGCUCAUCGCCUCCUAAUCACUGGUGUUAUGAUAGCAGCUAAGUUUCUUGAUGAUAAGUACUAUAGCAAUAGCUACUUUGCCAGAGUAGGGGGAGUUAGUACAGAGGAGAUGAAUAGGAUGGAGAUAGAGUUUUUGUUUAAUCUGAAAUUUAGACUCUUUGUGACAAAAGAGUUGUUUCUCAAAUAUUGUGAGAAGCUUGAUAGAGCCAUUUAA